ACUUCAGGCUAUAAAUAAAACAUUUCAUUAUGAUUUAUUGCGGGUUUUUUUUUUUAAAGCCAGCAAGCAAAUAAAAUACAGUUUUAUUAAAAAAUAAACUGAACUGAAGUCCCGAAGUAAAAGUGAAACCGGCGGCAGCGAGGGACCGGUGAUCGGUGAUCAGGAGGGAGGAAGCCGCAGAGACACGGUCAUAACGCGUGGCACUUCCAGUAACACAGAAGAAGCUCAACAAAUGGGGCGGAGCCUGUUCGGGACUGACGUCAGAGGUACCGCCUCUCGCGGAAGCCACGUCAAAAACCGUCGCAUAUGAAAGCAUGUGGAUGGACCCGUCCUAGGCUGUAAGGGUGUAUCCGGGUGUGAUGGAGAUCAGCUGGGCCGGGCCUAACACAGCUCGAGCUCAGCUUUAAAGCAUCUUCAACUGCGCGAGGAAAAAAAAACACAGGAAAAAAGAUGCAACAAUGAAACUUUAAGACGGGAAAUAAACACAAAGUUAGGGCAACAAAGUCGCGCGAGCAUGGAAGAGCUGAAGAUGGGAAGAUGAAGGAAGUGGAGAGGAAUGUCAGAGCUGGGAGAAGGCAAGGCAUGAUUACUUAGAGAGAGAGAGAGAGAGAGAGAGAAAAAGUUUGGAAAAGCCAUGGCGCGCGAGAAUGAAGAACCCGGAGCGGGCGGCAAAAAGCGCAAAAAGCGGAAAAGUAAAAAAGAAAGCAAGACCAGGACGGUGCACGCGAACAUUCUGUACGACCACCACGCCAAAGCGGCGGAGAACCCGAACCGGCUGUACGCCAACAACAAGAUCAAGACCACCAAGUACACCCUGCUCUCCUUCAUCCCCAAGAACCUCUUCGAGCAGUUCCACCGCUUCGCCAACGUCUACUUCGUCUUCAUUGCGCUGCUCAACUUCGUGCCGGUGGUCAACGCGUUCCAGCCCGUGCUCGCGCUCGCGCCCGUGCUCUUCAUCCUGUCCGUCACCGCCAUCAAGGACCUGUGGGAGGAUUACCGCCGACACCGAUCCGACCAGGAGAUCAACCACAUGGACUGCCUGGUUUACUGCAGAGCCGAGCGGCGCUACGUGGAGCGGUACUGGAAGGAGGUCCGUGUGGGAGAUUUCAUCCGGCUGCGCUGUAACGAGAUCGUUCCGGCCGACGUGCUGCUGCUGAGCUCCAGCGAUCCGGACCGGCUGUGUCACAUCGAGACGGCCACGCUGGACGGAGAGACCAACCUGAAGCAGAGACAGGUGGUGCGCAGCUUCAUCGACCUGGACACGGAGUUCGACCACAUGAAGUACAACAGCGUUAUCGAGUGUGAGAAGCCCAACAACGACCUGAACCGUUUCCGUGGCUACAUAAUCCAUCGUAACGGAAGGAGAGAUGGUCUCUACAAAGACAACCUGCUGCUCAGAGGCUGCACCAUUCGCAAUACAGAGGAAGCUGUGGGCAUCGUCAUCUACGCAGGUCACGAAACCAAAGCCAUGUUGAACAACAACGGGCCGCGGUACAAACGCAGCAAACUGGAGCGACGGAUGAACGUGGACGUCUUCUGGUGUGUCAUCAUCCUGCUGGUCAUGUGUCUGUUCUCCGCCAUCGGUCACGGUUUGUGGAUGUAUCAGUACGGAGAUAAGAGGCCCGUGUUUGAUGUUCUGAGUCCUGAGGGAACAGAUUUGUCUCCGGUCGUCUCGGCCGUGUAUCUGUUCCUCACCAUGAUCAUCGUGUUCCAGGUGCUGAUCCCCAUCUCGCUCUUCGUCUCCAUCGAGAUCGUGAAGAUCUGCCAGGUUUACUUCAUCCACCAGGACCUGGAUCUGUACGACGAGGAGACGGACUCUCACCUGCAGUGCCGAGCUCUGAACAUCACCGAGGACCUCGGCCAGAUGCAGUACAUCUUCUCCGAUAAGACGGGAACGCUCACCGAGAACAAGAUGGUGUUCCGGCGCUGCACCGUGGCCGGAGUCGAGUACUCGCACGACGCUAACGCGCGGAGGCUGGCGAUGAUGUACCAGGACGUGGACUCUGAGGAAGAGGAGUGUGUGUCUCACGGAGGAACGUUACCGAGGAGAGAGAGCGUGUGUAGUCAGCACAGCGGCCGAGUCGUCCUGCGCUCGCAGAGCACCAAAUCACACCGACGCACCGGGAGCCGAGCCGAGGCCAAGCGGGCCAGCAUCCUGUCCAAACACACCGCCUUCAGCAGUCCCAUGGAGAAAGACAUCACUCCGGACCCUCAGCUGAUGGAUAAGGUGAACGAGUGCGGCAGUCAGAUGGAGUUCAUGCGCUUCCACAGUCGGCUCCUGAGCCAGAUCCCUCCUGACCUGUGUGACGUCUUCGACUUCUUCAUCGCUCUCACCAUCUGCAACACGGUGGUCGUGUCGUCCCCCGAUCAGCCGCGCCAGAAGGUGCGACGUUUUGAGCUGAAAUCCCCGGUGAAGACCAUCGAGGACUUUAUCAAGCGCUUCACGCCGAGUCGCCUGACAUCGGGCUCCAACAACAGCAGCUCGUCCAGCCUGGCCACCAACCGCUCGUCGUCUCAGCGCGCCGCCUCCAGCGUGCUGUCCUCGCCGUCGGCCGAGAGCGCGCUCGCCAAACUGGACGAGGAGCGUCUGCAGAAGGCCUUCAGCCCCGUCCCGCCCGGACACGACCCGGCCAAGGCUUCCACUCGGGACGAAGGCGAGCUGCGUUACGAAGCAGAGUCUCCGGACGAAGCGGCUCUGGUGUACGCCGCCCGUGCCUACAACUGCGCUCUGGUGGGCCGACUGGCGGAUCAGGUGACCGUGGAGCUGCCGCAUGUGGGAAAGCUGAGCUUCGAGCUGCUGCACACGCUGGGAUUCGACUCCACGCGUAAGCGUAUGUCCGUGGUGGUGCGGCAUCCGCUCACCGAGCAGAUCACCGUGUACACCAAAGGAGCCGACUCGGUCAUCAUGGACCUCAUCAGACCACCUGCAACAGACGACUCCAAAGGCAAACGGCAACGCAAAAUUCUCUACAAAACCCAGAACUACUUGAACCUGUACGCCGCCGACGGCCUCCGAACUCUGUGCAUCGCCAAAAGGGUCCUCAGUAAAGAAGAGUACGCCUGCUGGCUGCAGCGCCACCUGGAGGCUGAAACGGCCAUCCAGGGACGAGAGGAGCUGCUGUUUGAAUCCGCACUACGACUGGAGACCGAUCUUCAUCUGUUAGGAGCGACGGGGGUCGAAGACCGGCUGCAGGACGGCGUACCCGAGACCAUCGCUGCUCUGAGGACGGCGGGGCUGCAGAUCUGGGUGCUGACGGGGGACAAACAGGAGACGGCCAUCAACAUUGCGUACGCCUGCAAGCUGCUCGACCCCGAGGAGGAAAUCAUCACGCUCAACGCCGACUCGCAGGAGGCCUGUGCUGUUCUACUUGAUGAAAGUCUGCACUACAUCCAGGCUAAGUUCCUGUGCAGUUCCUCAUCAGACCCCCAGGCGACCCGGCUUGUCCAGCAGGACUACACCAGCGUGCACUUCCUGUCUCCAGGUUCUGGCUCCGCCCCCACAGGCCCGUUCCUGGUGCACCGGCUGGGUUUGGUGAUUGACGGCCGCACUCUGGCCUACGCUCUGGAUAAGAGUCUGGAGAAUAAGUUCCUGGCCGUGGCCCGGAGCUGCAGGUCGGUGCUGUGCUGUCGCUCCACGCCGCUGCAGAAGAGCAUGGUGGUCAAACUCGUGCGCAACAAACUCAAGGUCAUGACCCUGGCCAUAGGUGACGGGGCUAAUGAUGUCAGCAUGAUCCAGGUAGCAGAUGUUGGUGUGGGCAUCUCGGGGCAGGAGGGCAUGCAGGCGGUGAUGGCCAGCGAUUUCGCUCUUCCUCGCUUUCAGUACCUGCAGAAGCUCCUCCUAGUUCAUGGACACUGGUGCUACUCUCGUCUGGCCAACAUGAUCCUCUACUUCUUCUACAAAAACGCUAUGUUUGUGGCGCUGAUCUUCUGGUAUCAGUUUUACUGCGGGUUCUCCGGCUCGGCCAUGAUCGAUCAGUGGUAUCUGAUCUUCUUCAACCUGAUGUUCUCGGCGUUCCCGCAGCUCAUCACCGCCACGCUGGAUAAAGACGUGUCCUCGGAGACCCUGCAGGAACUACCUCAGCUCUAUACGAACGGACAGAACUCGGAGGAAUAUAAGCCGUACAUGUUCUGGAUGAAUAUGAUCGAUGCCUUCUACCAAAGUCUCAUCUGUUUCUUCAUCCCUUACUUUGCGUACGCUGACUCGGAUGUGGAUCUGUUCAGCUGGGGCACGCCCAUCACCACGCUCGCCCUCCUCACCAUCCUGCUGCAGCUCGGCAUCGAAACCAAAACCUGGACGUGGAUGAACUGGGCGUCCAUGGCGUUCAGCGUGGGACUGUUCUUCACCGUGGCUCUGUGCUACAACGCCUCCUGCCCCACCUGCUACUCCCCCUCCAACCCCUACUGGACCAUGCAGAGACUUCUGGGAGAUCCUCUCUUCUACCUGCUGUGCGUCGUCACGCCCAUCACUGCUCUUCUGCCCAGAUAUUUCUACCGAGCGUGUCAGGGUUCCUUGUUCCCCAGCCCGGUGCAGGUGGGCCGUCAGCUGGACAGAUUCGCACCCGAGCUGCGCAGACACCUGCUGCACCAGAACCAGGCCAAGCUCUUCCCUUUCUGCAGACCUUUCCUCAAGCCCUGCAGCUCCACUCGCACAAACCUGUACCCCGCCCACGCCAAGCACAAGCCCAGGGCCGCCGAUCCCGGCAUGACCAAGAGCAUGGAGAUGAAGGACACGUCUCGGAGUUCCAGGAACACCGAGAACCACGUGGUGCGGAACUCCGAGAACUCUCCACACGGACCGAGCGAGAGCAGCACACUACCGUACACCAAAGAUCAGCAUCAGCCUGAGCCUGGCGUGCUCACGUCCACGCCGCUGCCGCCUCACACAGACAGCGUGCAGCUCGUAUCGCCCCCUAGCGGCGGUCCUCCGGGCAUCACGUACAAAACGAGUUCUGACGUCCCGGAGAACCUGACGCCCGAGCGUCUCCGGGAACCACCUUCGGGUUCGUGAUGCCGGCGAGAGGAUUCCGGUCCAAAUUUGCACGUCCAAAUUUUUUAAUUCUAUUUUUCAGAAUUAUUUUAUGAAGCUAUAGAUAAAGGGUACUAUUAUAUACAUUUAUAUAUAUAUAUAUAUAUAUAUAUAUUUUAGACGUGUACAGAUUUUUUCGGAAUAAAGAUUAUUGAUGUUUUUUGAGAGUAGAGAUGAAAACACGUGCAAACUGGAUGGUCUUAACCGUAUGUUUUUACCAGGAAAAAAAUAUUCCCAGCUCAUUUCCUCCAGAGACAUUACUGUCCUUUAUCUUAGCUGUUAUUUAUUUGGACCUGGAGCCUUAACACACACACACACACACACACACACACACACACACUCUCCAGCACAACGUUAACACUUUUACAUAAAGUUUUCCUGGAAUUAUUCACUUGGUAGUGAGUCUUAAACAAACACACACACACACACACACACACACACACACACACACACACUGUAAUGAAUAAUUUAUGUGUUUUCUUUUCCCUUAGCGCACUACACACACAACUUAUUCUAGAGCUCGGAAGUGAAAUAUGUCACGACUCGCACUCUUUCCAGAAAAUCCAAAAAUCAGCUUCAUUGCAAAUAUUUUGCCAUCUUUUUGUUUGUUUGUUUGUUUGUUUGUUUGUUUGUUUUUAUACACACACACCAUUUUCUGGAUCGUAUUCAUACCAAAGAUGCAUCUCAUGAAUAUUCAUGCUGCUUAUUUUUUUAUAUCAAAAACAGCCCCUGGUUUUAUAGAGCCUUUUUUUUCUCUCUUUUGUUUUGUUUGUUUGUUUUUUUGGGAAAUGGAUUAAACUGAUGCUGGUAUUUCAAACUGUUUAUUUAUAACGCAAUACCUUUUCAUUUAUAAAUGAUCAAUAACACGACCAGAGAGAUUAUUAUUAUUAUUAUUAUUAUUAUUGUAUGCAAAUUUAUUCGUCUAAGCCAUGUCAGGUUAGCAUUGUUCCUUGUUGUCAUUAGGUGUUAAGUUGUCGUAUUUCCGUACACGAAGCACUAAACCUGACCCGUAAACACAUUUCAGGUCGCUCGCUGUUUACCGUUUUAUCGAGCUGGAUUUAUUUUAUAAACCGUGACACGUUUUCCUGAUUUUUAUUAUUAUUAUUUUUUAAAAUCUGGGCCGACGUUUGUGCGGCCAGAAAUAAACGUAUGGAAAUAAUACUAAAAUUAGGUGCUAACUUGUUCUCCUGUGAGUCCUGUGUUCAUAAUGCAUUAUAAACCUGUCAUAUAGCAUCCAUAAUACCUUAUAGUACCGGACGUGAGGCAGCGCAUAACCAGUUAUGGUGACGUGCGCUGUUCGAUGCGUCGUAUAGCAUUCAUAAUACCUCAUAACACCCUGGAAAAUCAGCUAUAAAGCAUGAGCCUUUAUGUAGGAUUAUAAAUGCUAUAUGAUGCCUGGCAAUAUUUUGUAUUAUUCCUAAUAAAUAAAGUUAAACAGACAGUGCUUUUUAACACGCAUACUGUAUCUGUUAUAUAGCGUAUAUAAUACCUUAUAACGCAAAGUUCUAAUAACGUGUAAUCACCAAUAGAGUUCCGACAUUGUAAAGUGUGUUAUAAGGUAUUAUGUGUACUGUAUAACGCAUGGCAUGACUUUGGUAUUUGUGCUUUCUAGCGUGCAUAACACUUUAUAAAGCAUGAGAAUAUGGCUGUAAUGUCACGAUGCAGAACACGUUAUUAUAUCUAUAAACUGUAAGGGUUGUAUUAUAAUGCAUUACAGCAUGAACAGAUUGUAGUGUUCUAUAACCUGACAUUAUGAAGGCGUAACACGUGAGCUAUGCUUUAUAAUGCAUGACGUUAUCUAGAAGCUGUAUCCGAGCUGGUUCUAUGACGCGUUACGACAGAUAUUACAGUGUGUUGUGUUAUGUCACCUGACGUAACGAAUUGAUUUCCUGAAGCAUUGUGCGUGUAUUGAUUGCUAUAACAGGCUUAUGUCAGGCUUCAUAACAUGGUGUAACACAUUAUCCGUUAUACUGCAUUGCAACGCGAACAGAGAUGGUGUUAUUGUCCCCUGACAUUACGAAGUUGUUUCCUAUAGUAUUAGACGUUUUUAUAUCUAGAACAGUCUUAUGUCAAGCAUUAUAACACAUUGUUUUAUACUUUACAGUACAUUAUUAUAUUCAGAAAGUGUACCAGAGUGUUAUAACGCACUACAACAUGAACAGACUUUAUGAAGUCGCUUCCUAAAGUGUCAUGGAUGUAUCUAUGACUGACGGGUUUAUUUUAUCACCUGUGCUUUAUAAUGCAUUAUUACAUCUAGAAACUUGAACAGAUAUCAUGUUUUACGUCACCUGACCUUAUGAAGUCAUUCCCUGAAGUAUAAUGCCUCCGUAACCAUAGUGUCAGGCUUCAGAACGUUCCGCGUGAACUAUAUAAUGCGUCGUUUUAUCUAGAAUCGAUGCCGGAGCUCGUGUUCGAAUGCGUUUCAGCGUGAACAGAUCUAGCCUUAUGUCCCCUGACGUGUGACAUGAAGUCGUUUCCUGAAGUAUUACGCAGGUCUACCCUUUAUAACGCAUUAUUAUAUCUUGAAACAAUACCAGCUUGUUCCUGUGGGCUUGUUUUACACUGCGUUACACAAGAGCAGAUUCUGAGUGUUUAUGUAUGUAUUAUGCCUGUAUUUAUAACUAUAACAGGCGUAUGUCACGUGUUAUAACCGGACCGGCGCGUGUGUUAUAAUGCUUUACAUCAUGAACAGACAUUAUAAGGCUUUAUGUAACCUAACAUUAUGAAGUAUUAGGUGUGUAUCGAACACCAGAACAGGCUUACACCAGGCAUCACGACAUAUCAUUCGUGCAUUAUAACACAUUAUGAACACAGGGUUCGAGGGAAAUGUUCCGGUUGUUCUGUAAGAUUUCUGCUCGUUGUGUUUGCUGUUUGUUCUCCCACAUCGCAUCGCCGUGUUUUCUGUUGUUUGUUUGUGAAGUUUAGCUGAUUACCUGAGUUCAGAGCUGUAGAGUUUCGUUCACACAGGAUUCAGGGACGUUUACGGUCAAGCCUGGAGUUUAUCCACGGUGGG